CUGCGACGUUGCGGAGGCUUCAAGAUGGCGGAAGCCCUGACAACUCAGGAGCAGCUGGCUGUGGAGGAGUUCCUGGGUGAGGUGCGAAGCAGGGAGCAGCCUCACAGCGCUGGGCUCGUGUCCCAACCUACAGCUGUAAAGUUUCUUAUGGCCCGCAAGUUCGACGUCUCCAGAGCCAUCGACCUCUUCCAAGCAUACAAGAACACAAGAAUCAAAGAGGGCAUCAUCAAUAUCAACCCUGACGAGGAGCCCCUACGCUCCGAGCUGCUGUGUGGCAAAUUUACAGUCCUGCCUGGCCGAGAUGCAAAGGGUGCCGCUCUAGCGCUCUUCACCGCUCGUCUCCAUCGGCCGGACGUCACCACCCACAAAGCUGUGCUGCAGGCCAUCAUCUAUCAGCUGGACAAAGCCAUAGAGAGUUUACAAACUCAAAGAGACGGACUCAUAUUUAUCUACGACAUGACCAACUCCAGCUAUGGCAACUUUGACUACGAGCUCUGCGUCAAGAUCCUCAAUUUGCUCAAGGGGGCGUUUCCAGCUCGUCUAAAAUGUGUCUUCAUUGUGUCGUCGCCUCUAUGGUUCCGAGCCCCUUUCGCCGUCCUCCGCCUAUUCGUGCGCGAGAAGCUGAGAGAGCGGGUGUGCACAGUGAAAGCUCACGAGCUGGCCGAUCACAUCCCAGUCUCCUCCCUCCCCGAGCACCUGGGCGGGACAUCCCAGUACAGCCACGUGGCUUGGAUCCAGUCCUGCGUCAACAUGCACAUUGCGGGCGACACGCAAGAGCACGACACGCACGACUGCGUGGGAAGCUUGCUGCGCUCCUACAGCUUAGAGUGCAGCAACGCGAGCGCAGGCGCUACACCUCACCACGCCCACAUCAACACGCAGUUGGGUUCCGAGUUAGCCGUGGCUAACUCAAACUGCUACGACGCCAGCAAUGCCAACUCGCACAACCACUGCAGUGCGUCUGAGGGCAGGACUCAAGGCCAAGGUCUGUACCAGCCGAGCCCGCAGUCUGCUGCCAAGGGGAACCACCAACACUGGAACGGCUCAGCAGUUAGCGGGGCCAGUGUGGCCGGCGGCGGCGGCGGUGGCUCAAGCCCCAACGCCAACAUGAACGGCCGUGGCCGCCAAGCCCCUCCCCAGUCGGACACGCCCCCAGACACGCCGCUCUCCCAGGUAGGCAACGGGGACGCGGUGGACGGGAAGGUAACGGACUCCGCUAGCGGGUCUCAGAAUGACGACGAGAGGGAGGAGGAGGAGGAGGAAGAGGAGGAGGAGGAGGAGGAUGGCGAGGAAGAAGACGAAGAAGAAGAAGGAGUGCCUCCGUUACCCCAGAAAUCAUUGCCUCGCCCGCCGCACCAGCCUUCCUCCCAGUCCCCGCCCCUGUCUUCGUCGUGGGGCCCCGAUGACGAGGACAGCUACGUGGAGGCGUCUAUUCACGUGCCGGAGCAGGGAGGCAUGACGGUGCACGAUCUGGUGGAACAUGUGAAGAGAAAGAAGAAGAAGGGGAUUUAUCAGGAGUACGAGGAGAUCCGGAAGGAGCCACCAGCCGGCACCUUUGACUACUCCAAAAAACUGUCCAAUCAGAUAAAGAACCGGUACAGCGAUGUUCUCUGCCUUGACCAGUCACGGGUGCGACUCUGCCAGCUCUGUGAUGACGAGGAUGAGACGUCGGAUUACAUCAAUGCCAGUUUCAUGGACGGGUACAAGAGGAGCAACGCCUACAUUGCAACUCAGGGUCCUUUGCCAAAAACGUUCGGUGACUUCUGGCGCAUGGUGUGGGAACAGAUGGUACUUAUCAUUGUCAUGACCACCAGGGUGGUGGAGCGCGGCCGGGUCAAGUGUGGUCAGUACUGGCCUCUGGAGGAGGGCUGGACCGAGCAGCACGGAUACUUCCUGGUCAGGAACACGCAGAUCCAGGCCUUUCAGGACUUCAAGCUCUCCCAUCUUGAACUUUACAACACACAGACUGGAGAGAGACGGGAGUUGUGCCACUACCUCUACGUCAGCUGGCCAGACUUCGGCGUGCCCAAAAGUGCUUCUGCCAUGUUGGACUUCCGUGAGCACGUACUUCAGAGGAGGGAGGCUGCGGUCCAGAGCCUGGGCUCCAGUUGGACGGGGCCUCCAGGGGGCCCCCCUGUGGUUGUGCACUGCAGUGCCGGUAUUGGCCGCACAGGCACGUUCUGCACCCUGGACAUCUGCCUGUCCCGGCUGGAGGACAUCGCCACGGUAGAUAUCCGUCAGACGGUGCGGCGCAUGCGCACGCAGAGGGCAUUCAGCAUCCAGACCUGGGAUCAGUACUACUUCUGCUACACGGCAGUCAUCGAGUACGCCCAGCGCCACGGCAAACUGAGCCCAGUGCAGUGGUCCGACUCCGACCUAGAGACUGACAGCGAGUGAGGGACACGCAGUGGGAGAGAGAAGCAAAACGGGCUGGCCGACCUAAGCCGACGUCAUAGGAAGGGAAAGAGUGAGGAAGGACGUUUCAGAUGAGUCUUCUGCCAUAAGAGGGAAGAGACAAAAGGAUGGAGAUGUUGUUUUGGCUCUGGAUGUGAUGAUACAGACUCCCACGGUUUCUCCUCCUUAACAUUAACCUAUCGACAGAGGAGGUGAAGAGCCGGAGCGAGGAAAAAAAAUAAACACACACAGGGAGUGGAUACUGCGCGUUGAGUCACCGUUUGAGCAAGCUGUCCUGCCAAUUUCCGAGCCCCUUUUUUUAUUUAGCAAACUACAGGGGGGGGGGGGAACUUGGCCUGCCCUGUACCUGUCUUGUUGACAAGAGAGUCGUACGAGUUGUAGCAUUUUUAUAUUGACUUGCACAUGAGGAAUGACAAAAUUGAACUUUCCCUCUUGAAGCCCUCCAAAACCCAGUCUUUGUUUCUUUCAUUCUUUUUCUUCAUUUCUUGUUCCUUUUCGACCCUCAACACUUCUGUGAUCGGAGAUCAUGUGAUUGGUGUGAAAAGGUUAAAACUUGAAAACUUUUUUGUGUGUUUUUUUCUAGUUUUUUUUGAGGAAAUGGUUGUUUGUGAGUAAAUGGUCAUAAGUGACAGUAGAUCAGCAUGAGCCAUUUAGUCCAUUUCCUUUUUCCCCUCCCACCUUUAUUUUCCAUGUCCUUUUUUUUUCUUUUUCUCUAUGGUGCAUUUUCUACGUGUGUUUCAUAUCUGUGCAUAUGUAGACUAACUUUUCAAAGCCAAAGUCCUCACCCUGAAUGCUUGGAUGUACUCCUUACUGAGAUAUUAUAGACUGAAGUUAAUGUAUAUUCUUGUAACAUACAUUAUUGUGCAUAAUAAUAACCUCUGAGAGUAAAGCAAAAAAGAAUAAGAAGAAAAAGCCUUGUUUAAUAGGAUUGACUUAACAGUGAGAAAAAAUAUCUAUGUAGCGAGCCAGGCCAUGACAAAAUCCAGAAAGGAGUUAUUAAAACUGAUAUCGUAUUGCAAAUCGGUGUGAUUUGUCAGGUCUUACAUCAUCUUUACUGUUGGAGCGUUCCAAUCGAACGAUCUCAAGUAAUUUGGCCUUAACUUGAUUCACUGCCUCGCCGUUUCUAAGACUGAAACCAUACCUGAAACUGUAAACUUUUAUUUCCCCCGUUUGUUUUUUUCCGCUUUUUGGAAUCGUACUCUCUUAAUACCACAACCGUUGUGUUUGAUUCUCGAGGCAUAUUCUGCCUCAGAUAAUUGUGCCUUCAAAGUUCUCCUCAGCUUAUCGUCUCUCCAGAAUAGUAAUAACACCCAAACGAGUGCUCUUGGAUAGCACACGUUGACUACGUGUCGCGCAGGACACCCACAUUUUGCCUAUAGUCCUGCACGUAGUGCGCUACUUAUGAAUAACAUGGGAGCAGUGCGUUAUCUGGGACCGAGCUCUGGUUCGAGACUUGGCUAUUCUUUUAUCAUUUGACCUCAGGGGGUAAUUCUAGUGUUGUUGUUGUUGUUGUUGUUGUUGUUGUUUUAUUGCCUAGUGUCAAAGAUCCGUUUCUGGGUUUGCCUCUGGUAAAUUAUCAUUUAAGUAUAAAACAAAAAAAACUAUAUCAACUUUAUUUUGUAUUUUUUACUGUAUUGUAUCCUUCUAUAUUUAUGUCUUUGUAAAGCUUCUACAAUAUCAAAAUCGGUGAAUGUUGGUACGACGCGACGGAGAAAAACAAAAGUCAUAGCAUUUGAUAAGCUGAACAAAUCAGAUGGGGGGGGGAGUGAAA